UUUAACUCGCCUCUCUCUGCCCUGUCAACAUAGACGGCUGUAUUUGCACCAUACUGUUCAUUCAUGCCAGUGGUCCACGGUGGAGCCUGCAAGAGCCCAGGAAUGCUGGUAAAUCUUUGAAAUGUUAAAGAGUUGACCUGCAGUGCAAGUGGAUCUUUGAUGUGGACGUGGGCUGUGUCACAUUAAAAACCACAGAGGACAUCCCUCUGUUUGGGUUUAGCCACCUGUCGGGACAGUUGGGGACUUUUGAAAAAGGGGAGAUUUGGAUUACAGCAAGAACCUGUGUGUACUGAGCUUAGUUCUGACCUUUCUGGUUCUUGGACGUGUGGACUCAACGGGACAAAGCCCACAAUGUCCAGUGAAGGUGAUGCUGGAGGUCAGGCUUCCACAACAACAAUCAGCACCGUAGCCGUGCAGGCUGGAGACUCGCAGAUUGUUGUAGCAGUGCUGAAGUGUGGCAAGAUGGUGCAUCUACAACUGACUGAAGCACAACCCAACCUGCUGGAGAUUGGAAACAAUCAGGAUGAGACCAAAAAGCUUCUAGAGGAACAUGAGCAGCUCCUUGCCAAACUUAAGAAAAAUGAAGGAGGUGUGUGGGCUUUGCUGGAGAAGGCUGAUAACACAGCAGCUCAGAAGGAAGGAGAGGAGCUGGUUUAUAAGGCCUUGGCGGUCUCUCUCAGCGAGGCUUGGAAAUCACUGGUGACCCACCUGGAGAAGAGGAGAUCACUCCUGAUCUUGGCAUGCCAUUUCUUUGAGUGUGCUCUGGAGUUUGCCAUUAGGAUAGAUGAAGCUGAAGACUUCCAGAGCGUUGGUCAGAAAUCAUCCACUGCAGACAACACGAAUGAACUGCUUCAAAAACACAGCACUAUUAGAAGAGGGAUGUUGGAGAAGUCAAUGCUGGUGUUGAAUAAGAGUCGUGAGUUGCUGGAAUUUUUGAAGGACUUCCAGUCCCUGCAAGCCCUGCAGUAUGGCAGAGCAUCUCACGGGGCCUGGAGCAGCUUUGGUAAGGUGGAAGGUUUAAUGGAGAUUCUGCAAGACAGACGCCGACAGGUGGACCUUUGCAUGAGACAAAAACUGCAUGAGCUGGAAAUGAUCAACCAGAUUCGACAAUGGGAGAUACAGGAACAGGAGGUAACACAGUGGUUUAAGGAAAAGGCUACUUUGUUUUUGGGAACCAGUCAGCUGGGUUCAUCUCUGUCAGAAAAUGAGGACUUGCUACGUGAAUACAAAGAGUUUGAACAGAAAGCCAAGGAGUGGAGUGUGCUGGUCGAGAGGUUGCUACAGCAGGCAUCAGAUCUGCUUUCCUCGAAUGAGCCCACGCAAUUUCAGCACAUGUCCGAGAAGAGUGAAAAACUCAAAGCUACACACCAGCAAUUCUGGAGCCUCAUGAUGAAUCGUCUGGCUCAUCUGAAGGAGAGCAAUGCCUUUUUCAGCAGUGCUAAUAAAGCAUUUGAGGUGCUGGGCACCAUAGAGAUUGCUAUAAAGGAACUGAAGAAUCAACCUCUGCCAUUACCUGAACUGGCUAGGAAACAUGAAGAGUUUUCACGGAGUAUAAAAGACACAUCCGCCGAGCCUCUUCAGAGAGGUCAGCUGUUGAUUCAAAAGCUCGACCCACAAAGUGGCCAAGGUGGAGGGCUGCAAAGGAUGCUGGGAUACAUCAAAGAGAGAAUGGAGGUUCUGAGCCAUGAGUGUCAUGCCCACAGAGAGUUAACAGACAAAAGGCAGCAGCUGGUGUCUUCAUUUGAAGAACUAGUGGAUAAGGUCUCUGCUUGGAUUAAGAGCAGCAACAGUGUCCUCUCUUCUAGUACAGAGCCUGGUUCAUCUCUGACUGAGGCUGAGGACACCCUUAACAAGCAUGUUGAACUACUCUCACAGUCUCAGGAUGCUCUGAGAGAAUCAGAGGCUAUAGCUGGUUUUAUAAAGGAACUAAAGGGGCUGGAAUCCUCAGGUACACUCGAGUUGUCUAACAAAGCUUCACUUCUGGCAGAGGAGAUGAAAACACUGGUUAGAAACAUUUCAUCACAUGCGGAAAGCCUCAGACCCUAUGUAGACUUUCUGCGCUGUGCAGAUGAGGUCGAGGAGCAAAUAAGGACACUUCAGGAGUGCUACAAGAACAGACCAGAGGAAGAGGAGGAACAUGAUGGAGCAGGUGCAUCCAUGAAGGAUAUGUUCGAUGCUAAGUGGCAGUUAUUGCUGCAGAAGUUCUUCACCAUGCAGGAUCUGGGCAACAAUUUUAUUAACUCCUCUAACAUGAUCAGCGGCAACCUGAAUCUAAAGGUUAAAGCAGCAGGGCAUGUUGUAGAAAAAUAUAUGGAGACACUGACCAAGAAGAAAUCUGAACUAGCAGACUUGUGGACAUCCUGGCAAUUGCAUCAUAGUCAGAUAAAAUCUGUAAAGAAGCAGUGGAAAAAAAUGAAGGAACAACUAAAAAAGGUUCUUCAUGAUUUAAGGGCAAUGGAGGAGAUUUUUGCUCCGGCUUCAAAAGUUGAUUUGGGGGGUGACUCUCAAGCUGUGUCUAAACUACAGGAGAACUUCAGCACUGUAAAGCCAGAAUUCCUGCAGCUGAAUGCAAAAGUGGAAUUCCUGGUUAAGACAUCCGAGCUGCUCAGCUUGAAGGGAAUACCGGUAAAAGAGAAGAACGAGAGAGUUUCUGAGCUCCUGCAGCUACAUCAGCAUCUCCGAGAUAAAAUCAGGGAGUAUGAAACCAUUCUCAGUAUGGCCGGUAAAUUUCAUCAGCUCUAUCGAGAGCUGGAUACUGUAUUACAUGUAGAACCAGUGACUGUGUUCAGUGACCCCAGCCAGGCCAGGACUCAGCUGACCCAACAUCAAGAGAGGCAGAGUCACAUCCGGCAUCUGUACAAGCUGGCUCUCUCUCUGGGUGCAGAUCUCACCAGCACUGUGCAGCAGUCGCAUCUGCUGGUGUUGUCAGUGCAGCAGUUACAGGAGAAACUGGAAAAAUUGGAGAGAGAGAGCACUGAAUGGAUUACUGAGGCCAACAAGUGUGAAGAGAGUUUGACGAGCAACAUCCACUUCUGCCUCUGUAAGGAAGAGAUCGGUGAGCUCAGAGAGUCCUUAAAAGAUCUCAAAAAGAAAUUCAACAAUUUGAAAUUCAACUACAUGAAGAAAAACGAGAAGUCGAGAAACUUAAAGGCGGUGAAAAAUCAGAUCCAGCAAAUUGAGAUUUACAAUGAAAAGCUACAGGUUUUGAAGAAGAAGCUGCAAGCCUUCACUCUGAAAGUAUCCAGCAGCAGUGAGAGGCAUUUAAAUGGCAACAGCCUCAGAGCGAUUGAGGAUGCCUUAAAUGAGCUGCAGAGACAGGUGGGCGAUUUUGACAGGGCGGUGGAGGAGCACAAACAGAACCUGGACAUGAAUGUCAAGCUCCAGCAAGCCUUAGAGGAGUAUCAGUUCUGGUGCGACGAAGCAAGCUCCACAAUUGUACGUGUGGGUAAAUAUUCCUCUCAGUGUAAGACUAAGGAAGCAGUCAGCUCUCUCUACAAACAGUUUGAAAAAUUUGUGUGGCCCACAAUCCCACAGCAAGAGGAGAGAAUUAGCCAGAUCACCGAGCUGGCAGUACGGCUACAUGGUGUGGAAGAAGGAAAGAAAUAUAUGGAGAAAACAAUCCACAAACACCAUGAAAUUGUGGAAUCAAUAAAAGAACUGUCAAAUGGACUGCUGGACCUUGAGGCCAAACUUCAGUUGGAGACCUUGAAACAGCCUUUAACACCUGAAGACAACAACAAACUAGACACCAUUGAUACGCCUGAAUCAAAGGAAAGUGGGCAUACCCCUGAGAUGACAGGCCCAGACAGUACUAAAGAGAUAACUGUCAGCAAGAAUCCAGAAAACAAGAAACCUCAGCUUCGCAAGACACAAAGCCAAGAUCUCUUAGACAAACAUUAUCCAGAGCUUCAAAACGUGCUGUCAGAGACCAGGUCGUACACACAGGAGGCCUUUUCCAAGACCAGCAAAGUGGAGACCAUCACGAGCAAAUCUGCUAUAGAGAGGAGAGAAGAGAUGCACACUUCUUUCUCUCACUCCCAAAACAUUAAUGUAAGCCAUUCCCCUGCAGAGCAGGAUAAGAGUCACAUUCUGCAGCAAACCAAGAGAGACUCACAAGAAACCCCUCCUCCUCCUCCUCCUCCUCCAUCUCCACGGGAUCCAGGCGUAUCACGCCCCAGCAUCAUAACAGAGGCCUGUAGUACAAAUCAUCCUUUUCACUCAUACUCCAAGACUUCAGCUCAUCAUUCUUUAGAGGAGGAAUAUUUGCCACAUGGGACACAAGAGCCGGAAGCUCCUGUACCCGAAUAUGACUUCCAUGCUGACCAUCUCACUGAGGAAUCGCUCUCCAAUGAUGAGUACGAAUGCACCUCCCCAGAUGACAUCUCCCUACCUCCUUUAUCUGAGACCCCAGAAUCCAACAUUAUUCAGUCAGAAAAUGACCUCGAUGACGGCUAUUGCGUAAGCUCUCACAGCCUUCACAUCAACCAGUACAGCCACCAGUCUCACUCGCAGCACGGCGACACACUACACCAGAGACAGCGGGAGUGGAUGUCGAGUCAGACCGAGAGCUACCCAUCUCCCACCACUGGCUUGGGGGCCAGGUUCAGAGCAGAGUCGUCCUCUUUUGUUCAAAGCCCCCUCACAGUACCUGCCCCUAGCCUUGUAUCAAACACCAUAUCCAGCAUCUUAAAAAGCAAAUCUGGCAACCUGCCACCAAGCAGCAUCACUGAAACGCUUUACUCAGUGCAUGACAGUCGCACAGAGAUGCAAAAGUGUUUGCAUGAUUCUAGUACGAGUCAGUACCACAGUGGUCAGCCCAAUAACACGCAUGCUAUCCCAACUCCAUUAACCACUGAGCAGGACUCGGAUCUCUGCAAGCCCACAGCCAUCCGAGAAGAGAUCAGGCGGGCAUCUUCCAAAAAGUUUGUGGGAAAACUGGCAGUUGGCACAGGCCCUAAUUUCUCCAAACCCUUGUCUAAUGCCAUAGUAAUGGAGGGCUC